UACAGUAUUAAAAACUGAUCAAGGCCUAAGUGACCUUUGAGACUAUGCUACCAAAUCUCCAACACUCAUAUCUGCACUUGAUAAAGGCUAUACCUGAGCGAGGUUCACAAACAACGCAACUGAAAAUAACAAAAUAAGGCAUGUUGUCAUUCAUUUCUCGCUUUCUGCCAAGUGUUCCUACUUGGCUAACACCAAGUGCUACUCCUUUACACAGUGUUUUACAAGGGCUUGUGGGUGCUUGUGGAAUCUGGGUUCUUCGUAACCUUUUAAAAACGUACUUGUUUGUUGAGGCACAGAGUAUCGCAGAUCCUGAAACAGACAUUAAACGACGGAACAGACUGAAUGGUGGACUAACAGAGAAAAUUCAGUUCUGGGUCCUAACAGUGGUUCUUUCAGUUGUGGGGUCUCGCGUUGCAUCACUGGUAGUGCUAGAGUUCUCUCUUAGAGCCAUUUCAGCAAGGAUCACAGGAGGAUCAGACUCAAUAAAUGACCCAUUGUUACUGCUGCUUGUCCAGUGCCAGUUCUCCUUGGGCUGCGCAUUAACCUGCAGCCUUAAUUUCCUCCAUGAGGGGGCACCGCAGGGCUGGCUAAGCCUCCUUCUUGCAGUUGGGCUGAGCUGGUUCUUGGCAAGCCGGUGCAGCAGAGUAUGGCGACAUGUGAAUACAAUGUAUUCAAUACAUAGUACACAGCGCUAUUGUGGACUUUGCAUUGGACUAUUAACCACUGGCAGUUCUAUAUUAACCUGGCUCUGCAGUGCCCUAAUUAUAACUUUUAGUGUAUCUGGAUUUGCUGCUAUAUCAAACAUUAACCAACACUUUCUAUCAACCACCGAGGCUCUGAGAUUUUGGACCCCACUCACAAUCUGCUACACUCUGCUGGUUGUGUACAUGAAUGGGGAUCAACAUCAUCCACCCGGCCAGCAGAUUCUCAAUACAGUUGUUGUGCGAUUGGGUGGGCUUUUUGUGUUACUGAUUACAGUGGGCAGCUGGUCAGAUGUGCUCCAUGUUCUAAUCUGCUUCACUGGUGAAGCUGCAUGCCUCUUUACAUCUCAAGACAUUUUGGAAGCCAUAUACCAGCAAGUCACCUACAUGCCUAAAGGCCCUUUAAAAAGACCUGGAAAUCGGGAAGAACUAAGGAAUUUGGAAAGGAAACUGGACUAGGCUUUGAUGAAAAAAAAAUAAUAAUA